UCAUUUUUCUUGCUUGAAAUUUUAGUUUUUGUUUUUUUUUUUUCACAGAUUGUAGUUUUUCUUUGUUGCAUUUGUCAGUUGCCCUCAACAAUGAACCACUUGCUAAACGUAAUGUUUGUUUAUUUGGGCAUGUUUAGAGGUUUUGCUGCACUGUUUUUGUCAUGAGCGCAAACGAGUCUUUCCAUCAAGAUGGCGUCCACUAAAAGUCUGCAACUUGAACGCAAACGAGCAGAAAACAAGUAGAGAUAAUGUGUGAUUCUAAUGAAGGGAUUAACAAGUUACCAUAUGAGGUUGUCGAGAAGGCUGCUCCGAUUUCAAUACUCACCCUGUUCUCCUCUUGCAAGUCCGCAAUUCAUAAGACUCACCUGAAGGCUGCUUUAAACGAUGUUCAUAGUUGCGGUUCCAUCAGCACUAGGCGGGUCAUAAAGUGCAUCCUCUCUGAAUUUUGUUGUCUCCAGGUAGGAUUUGUAUAUCCAUGUACCUUGGGAAGACCUGGCUCUAAAACCAACAGAGCACUCCUUGAGUUCCAACCAACAUAUCCUCGCACCAGUACGUCAGCCAUUAUGCCCAUAAAGAUUACGUUUUUAUUUUUCAUUUUUGCGUUACAGAGGAAGUAGAAAUACAUGGGAGAAAUCUAGAAGAAGAAAUGUAAUAGAAGGACUGCACAAAAUGAAGGGUAAAAACAUUUUAUUUAAGUUGUUUUCAUUUCUUUAUUUCUUGCUCCCAUCAUCCUUCUUCAUCCCUUAUUUUAGACGACCAUGGUAGAUAUGCCUAAAAGGAUUGAAUAUACCACAUGGUUUGAGCCAACAAGGAGAUUAGCAUUAGAAGUGCUUUUCAUCAUGGAUAAAAGACAAUUACAGUAAAAAGUUAACCAUGAAAGUAAAGAGACCCUUGAAGGAGGAGAAGGGAAAAGUAAA